CUUCUCAACCUCGUUGACGAAUGGUUCCAAUAAUAAUAAUAGUGAACUUAUAGCCGACGCAUGCCAAAUGUCUGUUGUGCGUUGCGACAGCCACCGAAAGCGAACCUGCGGAUGGACAAGGCCCAAGAGCUCUGUGAUUGGGAAUACCCAGCUCCGCAGUUUUGAGUACGAUAAAGCUCUUCCAACUCGAUGCCGUCAAGGCCAUCCACGGACGAUUCCUCUCCACGCACAACCACAUUCGUCGACCGUGUCUGGUCCGUCAUGAACAUGCAUCUAUUUGUGAGGAACACUUCCUUGAUAGCGCUCGCUGUCUUCGGUUAUGUAGCACUCUGGAAGUUUGCGACCGACAAUGGUACUUUUUCGUUGAUGCGUGAGUGGUCAUCGCAAAACCGUCUUCCAGGAACUGGCGAGAAAUACGCCACAGAAUUCACGCAAUGGCGCACGCUCGAUAUAUUUUUGAAGAGCUUGUUGACACUCUUUUGGCCGAUGGUCAACGGGACCCAACCUGGCUCGUCGCUGAUGUGCUUCUACUUUGCUGGUCAAGGCAUAGCCGCAUGGAUCUUGACAGCAAUUGAAGGACAACGCCGCGGCCACAAAGACAAUUCGAGAUUGAUAUCCUUCACUGCAGCUUAUGGCUUGUUGUUCCAAGCUCUCGGUAUUGGAAUCGUUGGCCCAGUCUUCUUCGCCUUUUCACCUCUUGGAGACCGAUCGACUAGUGCUGUUCUUACACGCUACACUGCAGAGAUAAAUGCUAUUAUUCCAGCGACCAUUGGUGCGAUCAUUAUUCCGACCAUCCUAAUGUCACUUCAUGCGCCGACUGCCAUCUCGCUCGAGCACAAAAUCGAUCUCAUCCGUUUAUGGCAAUUCUUUCCACUGCUGUUUCGCUUGUGUCAGCGGGUCUGGAGCAGCUUUGUUCUGGUCCGCAUCACGUCUUACAGGGACGAGAUAGCCGAGAAGAACCCGGAGACGCAGCGUAGAGCUUUCGGAAGGGUGUAUAUAGUUGGACUCUGUUGCGCCGCGGUACCUCACAUCAGCACUGUCGUUGCGUCUCUGACGGCUCUAUUGUGUCCUACUUUUUUUGCGACCCCAACAGCAUUCCAUCCAGUCAAUCUCUUCGUUCCAGUAUCGCCGUUCUCUGGACAUCAAGCAAGCACGGUAGGCCAAGGCGCGCAUUGGUUCUUACAAUGGGACAUGACCCUAAUGUUCUCCACAUACCUCAUCUGGGCUUACUUCGCCAACAUAGAAGUCAUAUAUCCCGCUUCGGGGGUUAUCUCGAGUUCUCUGGUGCUACGUAUCAUAGCAUGGUCUCUCCUUUUUGGGCCUAUGGGCGCCGCCUUGCUCGCGACAUGGGAAAGAGAUGAUUUUGUGUUGAAUGCCCUCGAGCACAAGAUCAAGUCUCGCAAAGAUUUACCUGCGGAAGUCACGUCUCGGAUUGGUUAGAGGGAGAAUUGAGCAGGGAUAUAUACGAGUCAUUGUCGUCGCACUAAAACCAUAGUUUGCAGAUCAUCAUCCGAGCAACCGAGCGCUCAUAGACGAGAGUCUUUUUGCAGUAGAUCGACUGCCCCCUUCGCCAUACCCCUGGGAUCAGUAUUAGUAGCAGUCCGAGGUCUGGAGACGAAACUUGAGUAAAGUCGGAUGUCGCAACCUACCAUGAUGCUUGAUAACCAGCUCCGCCAGCGCCAUAGCUGUGGAUGACCAGAUGUUUGCCAAAAUGUUCUCUCUCGAGUCUUGGACCUCCUUUUCUACUUGCUAUCAUAGUCUGUCAGCUUCUGGUCCCAGGUUCCCCAACAAUGCACAUACGUCGUAAACCAACACCAUGAUAUAACACUUUGAGAUCCUCCGGCUUUCCUAGUUCAGGUGCCAAAGCGCA